AUGGAUUACACCGAGGAUAACCAGAACUCUGCUCCUGGCAGCGUCCAGGCCUCCAAGCUCAGUGCCGCUCGCAAGGGUCCCGAUUCGCAGAGCGUCACCAAACGGCUGCAGACCGAGCUGAUGACUCUCAUGACAUCGCCAGCACCCGGUAUCUCCGCAUUCCCCUCUGCCGACGGCAACCUUAUGUCGUGGACCGCCACCAUCGAGGGCCCCGACGAUACACCUUAUUCCGGACUCACGUUCAAGCUGAGCUUCGCAUUCCCUCCAAACUAUCCUUAUGCCGCGCCGACGGUCCUCUUUAAGACGCCCAUCUACCACCCCAACGUCGAUUUCUCUGGCCGCAUCUGCCUUGACAUUCUCAAGGACAAGUGGACUGCCGCCUACAACAUUCAGACCGUUCUGCUGAGUCUGCAGAGCUUACUCGGCGAGCCCAACAACGCAUCUCCAUUAAACGGCGAGGCAGCAGAGUUGUGGGAUAAUGAUAUGGAAGAGUUCAAGAAGAAGGUCUUGGGACGACAUCGCGACAUUGAGGAGGAGUAA